GACAGUGGAGGAGGGGGAGGACGAGGAGAAAGUGGCUCACUUGGGCUCUUCUUUGAGGGAGACGCUUCACGUUCGUCCCUGCUCUCGAGUGAAAGCGACAGAGGGGCGUUUAGGCUACUUAUCAAUGUACAGACAGACUUAAAGGAAAAGUGGAUGACUGUGGGCGACUGAUUUGUUUCUCCUCGGAUGUAUCGCAGAGGAGGGGAGGUUUACUGAUCAGAGCCCCACGUCGGGAAUGACUCAAUCGGCGGAUGUGAAAGAAGGUGAAGGAAAGUGAUGCGGGAGGAGGAAUGACAUCUACAGGAAUCUUUCACCUCUUCUCUGAUUUUAUUCUUUUCUUUAAGGGGGUUUGAUCUCACACAGCCGACAUCACUUUUCAGAUAAUCUAAUUUUUAUCCACUCGCGGCGCCUCGGCUGGUGAUCACACUCCUGUUAUUCAGUCAAAGUGGACCGCAGCUUCAAAGAUUGGUUGUAAAAACGUGCAGGUCUGUUAUGGGAUAUCGCUGCGUCUUGGCUUUUCAUCAACUUUAAAACAAUUGUUAAAUUAUUAUAAAUAUAAUACUUUGUAUUUUUUGAUCUGAUUUGAUACGACUGACUCUUGAACAUGGCCAUCAACAUGGACACCGACUUCCUGAGGUCCAACUUGGGUGAGGGUGGAGGAUGCGCGCCGCCCGCGGACUUCCAGGAGACCGAGAAACUCCUGACGCUGACCUCCGAGCCUGGAGGGAAUGGGAUGAAGAUGUCCACCUCCUUCACGGUCAACAUGGACAGCGACAAGGGCCUGGAGGCCGACCAGAACGGCCACGGUGUCACUGUGAGAUCGGGCUCUGCCGGGCAGCUGGCCGCCGCCGCCCCCCUCUCACCAUCCAAGGUCAGCCUGAGCCGCUCCUCCACCGGGAACGCCACCGUCCAGGAGAGCCCGAAACCCAAGGAUUACCUCAUCCUGGUCAUCGUGUCCUGCUUCUGCCCCGUGUGGCCCGUCAGCAUUGUGGCGCUGGUGUACUCCAUCAUGUCCAGAAACAGUCUCCAGGAGGGGGACAUGGACGGGGCCAGGAGGCUGGGUCGACUGGCUCGUCUGCUCAGCAUUGUCUCCAUCGCCCUGGGCAUUGUCAUCAUCAUAGUCUACAUCUCAGUUUCAGUUACAAGCUAAUGACAUGGAGGACCUGAGGGAGGGAAAAUCAACCGUGAAAGCCAAACCACGGAUGCAACAACUAUAAUUAAAUAAUUAAAUACGAUUCCUAACUUUACUCAGUUCGGUGAUUCAUGACCACCCUCAGAAUGCAAACAAUAAAAAUGUUAGGAAAAAAGAAAAAAAUGAGAGUGAGUACGGCAACAAUAAACAAGUUUUAAAAGAAAAUUCAGAAAUGCAUGCAUUAGAAUUCAGUAACAUUUGCUUGACAAAAAUAAUGAAAACCAGAUGUAGCAUUGUUCAGGUUAAAAGCAGAGGAGAAGGAAAAUGCAGAUAUUUGUGUGGUCACGAUGACUCAAAUGGUUCUUUUGGGAAUAACGGACUUCUUUACAUGACAAGGAUGAGGACAAUAGACGUUUUCUAUGUCUGGGAUGGGGCUAAUUUGAAGAAACGGACUCUGGGUUUGAACCUCAGCUGUGUAUAAUCCUCAUAUAUUCUUUACUGAACCUCUUGCAUUCAAAGCAUAUACAGCUACGAAUAUAUUUGGAACAUGGAUACGUGAAUAUAUAUAGAUGUACAUUUUCUAAAACUGUUUGUAUGCCAAGUGGUGCUGGGUUUGUUAAGACUGUCAUAAUGGCAGCUUUGUCAGUGGAAAUUCAAGGGUUUGUGAAAAGGGGCAGGGAACACAUUUCUAAUUUUGUUAUUUAUUAUAAUUUUUUGAACUAAAAAAAAAAAAACUGAGACCAACUGCAUGCCUGAAUGUAGAUAACCAAACAUCUGCCUUCGUUAUGACUGUUAUUAGUUGUCACUUUUCUUAGUGGAGAGUGGAGAGGCUAACAGGUUUGCACAUGGAAGAGUGAUUUGUGUACAAUAUGUGAGUCCAGCCACUGUGGACUGUGUGAAGACUGUGAUCAAACCCUCUAACACCCCCAUUUUAUGUCUGCAAAAUCUCUUUGCCUUGCUCUGGCAGAGACUGAAACUGAAAUUGCAUUGACUGAAAUGUCAUUGCAAUGCAUUCCCUCCUGCAGCAUCUUUCAAUUCCUUCUUUUCCUUCCACAUCCUCUAAGUCUGUACCACAAAAACCUGCUGUCCUUCGGUUUUGUCUCUGCUAAUUCAUCUUGUACCUUCAAACUCCAUUAUACACAUUACCUUGCACUACCUUUCUGCACCGUAACUCCUCAUUUUCAUCUUACCAUUCUUACAUUGUUAUACGUGGACUGUUAAAUGCCAUUGUUUCACCGAAUGUUUUUUCCGCCCCUUGUGCUGGUAUGAAAUGUAUUUAUAUGGGAAAAUAUAUAUGCAAUAUGUAUGCAUGCAGUGGGCCAAACAGGCUUACACACGUUUAUUUUUUGUAAUGAACAGGCCUAUGAGUUUGAGUUUGACUGAGUAACAGCAAAUAGCAUUUAAAUAAUCUUUCUUUAAAAUCUGAGCAGGACAGAUUGUCUGUAUUCAUUGCUUUAUCAGAGAGUCACUGUAUUAAAUCUGCUGUGACUACACAGGACUCUUGUAUUGACACAUUACAUGCUUAAACUACAAGCACAGGUAACAUCACUGUAAGACCAUGUGCAUUAUAUUAUCCAUAGCUUUUCUUUGCGCAUUAACACUAUUUCUUUGAGUCUUGUGCAAUUUAAAUCAGGAAUCGUUUGCAUAAAGUCCCUUUCAAGUGAUAAAAAGUGAGUUCUAGUGGUUGUUUAAGGGCUCAUACAAGUGAAACAUGAGAACACCAGCUAAUUACAACUGAUCACGGAUGAAAUUUAUUUAACUAUGCAGCUAAAGUGAUUCUUCCAAGUCCUAAACUGAACAUCAACAUAAGGCUGAACAACUGCAAUCAGGUCAAGUAUUAAUACUGUAUAGCACAAUGUGUUGGGCAGUUUUUAUCAUCUCCAUUGCAACUCGUAGUUGUACAUAAAAAUCACAUUCUUUAUCAAUACAUCUGAAAGCAGCAAAAUCCAAAGAGUCCCCAUGUUUACUACCAGACUAACAAAAUAAUGAUCUUAUAUCGUUGCCAAAUUGGCAACACGUGUGUAAUUUCUGUAGAAAACAAAUUUCCCACCUCUUAAACUGGUGUUUUACAGCCAACUGUCUGCCUAUAAGCUCUGCUCUGUCAGUUAAACAGUUCAAACCUUCACUUUAUCUCUAUAAAUAUACAUAUAUAUAUAUAUAUAUAUCACUGUGUUUCUUUUCCAGUAUACUGUAUGCACCAGUUUUCAUCUC